CGAAAAAUUAUUUUGAUAUGGUGAGAAAUAGUGUAAUUAAUAAUGAAAUAGAACAAGCUUCCAACCCUACCAACAACAGAAGAGAAUCCAUAAAACUCAUAAAUUCUUCGUUGUUAAAUUGGACAAUAGGCCUAUAUUCUGGUCAUGGGAAAUAUUUAACAGCCGAAAAUUUCGGGUACAAGUUAAACGUGACUGGUAUAGUCCUUAAAAAGAAGCAGUACUGGACCCUGAUACCCGAAUUGAUCGAGGAUACAUUUAGCAAAAUUCUUGUCAAUAACGUCGAUGCUCCGAUAGUGUACCUAAAAUCGAUGAUGGAUCGUUAUUUAACUAUCGAUAGAUUCGGAAACGUGAGCUGCGAAGCUGACACAGCUGACGAAGAACAAAGAUUCGCUUUAGUAUUCUACUUAGACUCUCAUAAAGAUGAUUCAUGGAAAGCUGAUAGGUGGGGCCCUUAUCUCCUGUUAAAUGUCAAGCAUAACUAUUAUUUAUCCGCCAACGCUAAAAAUAACACCCUGAAGGGUCUCAACAAACCGGUAGAUCCUUCGGAAUAUUGGAGCCUACAUCUACAAGUUCACCCUCCUUACAUAAAUUUAAAACAUAUCCAUCGUCAAAAAUAUGCCAAAACGUUUUGUCCUGAGUCGGUUUGUUUAAGCGAUGUCAUUCCUUGGGGAUUAGAAUCACUGUUUACAUUAGAAAGGGUCAGCCAAGACCGAUGCGAUUCUAACAUUAUAAAUGGGAGCGAUAAAGUUGAUAAUAUUUUUAAUCCAACUAUGUAUACCAUCAAAACCUUUAAUGGUAAUUAUUUAACUUCCAACGGAAAAUCUAUCCCGGCAGAUAUAAAAAAAAUACAAAGUCAGGCUUUAUUUUUCUUGAUCUAUGUGCAGGGGUACUUAGCAUUUAGGGACAAAGAUGGUAAAUAUCUCACGGCCAUUGGGAAUGAAGGCGCAAUCAAAUGUAAAAAGUCGAUUCUAAGUAAAGAAGAAUUAUGGACGGUUACAGGUUCAUCUCCGCAGAUAAACUUCAAAGGGUCAAAUGACAAAUUUGUAUCCGCACAACGAAGCAUAGAUAUAGUAGUCAAUCAAGAUGAAAUGUCAGAAUUAGAAACUUUUCAAUUGGAAAACGAUUCAACUGGUAAAUUUUGGCGUUUCAAGACAGUUUCGGAUAAGUACUGGAGCGUAGGGGACAAUGCCUGUGUUAAAUGUGUCGAUGAUAAUACGUCGUUAACAUCGAAGAUAAAAAGCAUGUUUAUGGAUGACAAAAACUCCGACAAGGAUAAAUUCGACAUCACCUGGUUGCCGAAUAAACAACUAGGCAUUAAAUCAAUCAGCAACAACAAAUAUCUCACCUUAAAGAUUAAUAAACAGCUGUUUGCUACAGCCAAUGAUAUAGGAGAGCGGGAAAAGUUUAAAUUGUAUCUUGUCAAUAGACCCUUCUUAGUUUUACAAGGAACAGAGGGUUACGUAGGAGAAGGUAAGGCCAUCGAAGGUCAUUUAGACACUACGAAAAUUUUAUACGAAGAAACAUUCAUCGAACAAUUAACUCACGAAUCCUAUCAUUUUAAAACGAAAAACGGUUUAUACUGGACUCUACAAGAUGAAUCUCAGCAAAUUAUGGCUUUGCCAAAAUCUAAAAUUAAAGAUGGCAGACCUCACACUUUUUUUAUAAUAUUCAAGGAAAGUUCUAAAAUUAUAAUAAUGGCCCAAAACAACAACUUCAUAAAAAUUGGUGCUGGUAAAAAGUUGGAAGCUACCGAACAAAAUCAACAGAAUGCCUCAAUUUGGAAUAUAUAAUACAUCUGUUUGUGUAACAAAUUAUCUCGCGAUUUCAUCAUAUCAGUCUUAAUUUUGACUAUAGAGAUCGGCCUCAUUAUUUGGAUAGAUAUUAUAAUGUAUCAUUUAUUCUCGGCACAUUUUAAAUAUUAUUUAUUAUGAUUAAUGAAAAUUUACUUAAUUUUAAUAAACUUUGUUAAUAAAUAUAUCCAAAAAAUGUUUUACCCCCCCCCCUCCUCCCUCCUCCGCCACUUUUUAUUUUUUAAAUGCCCAAAUUUAAACGAUAUUUUUUAUAGCUUAUAAUAAAUUUUGCGAAUAGAAUUCAAUUCAUUAAAUUUAUAUUUACUUAUAAUUUAUAUGAAAAUUAUUUUAUAGUUAAAUUAGAAUAUUAUAUAAUUUAAAAAUAUUCCUUGUUUUUAAAAAAAUUCUAUUGAUAAGUGGAAAAAAGGGACAAACAAAAU